GUGGGUGCCAGUGAUGCGCGAGAAAGUAUUUAGUUACUCGCUUCCGUGACUGCGUGUCAGAUGGGGGCGGCUGCAUGUGUGUCUUUACCGGGAGAAGCCAGGAGAGAUAGAGGUGGAUUCUCCCAUCAUGCAGACAGAUUGACAGACUGCGUGUGACGAACAGCAACUGGACCUGAUCUCUUGACUUUAGUAUUGCCUGCCUGGGCCGCGCGCACACGCCCUUAUCAAAUGUAUUUGGGCCUCCAGCGAUUUGGGGAGGGAAAGUAUCAAGUCAGUUUGUGACUGGCAGACUGACUGGCUUACUGACGGUUUGAGAAAUGAAUGGCUACGGCUCGCCCUACCUGUACAUGGGGGGCCCGGUAACACAGCCCCGUGCGCCUCUCCAGAGGACCCCAAAGUGUGCACGGUGCAGGAAUCACGGUGUUCUAUCUUGGCUUAAAGGUCAUAAGCGGUACUGUCGAUUCAAGGACUGCACCUGUGAAAAAUGCAUCCUGAUUAUCGAAAGACAGCGGGUCAUGGCUGCGCAAGUCGCACUCCGCAGACAGCAGGCCAACGAAAGUCUGGAGAGCCUCAUCCCGGAGUCUCUGAGAGCUCUGCCCGGCAUCACGGUGCCAGGACCCGCGGAAGGAAACCAAGGCCCUCCGUCACGCACCGGAGAUAUGGAGAUUCGAUGGACCUCUGAACAGACCGUCAACACGCAGGACCUCAUUGAGGAGGCACAUGGAGAUCAGUCUGGAGGAGACAAUGGAAGCAGCAGUGAGAAGGAGCAGGACCCUAGCAGCUCUCCUGAGGUUUCCAAACCUUCCUGCUACACUCCUGAUCUCCCAGACUCCCCCAACCAGGCAGAGGAAGGCCGCUAUAGCCUCCCCCUGCCCCUCCCCAGCCUUCCUCUGCCCCAGGCACUCCCCAAGACAUGCAGCACUGAACCAGAGUCCAAGGCAGACAGCCCCCCAAAGGGUUACCCCGGGGCAGGGGACAGGGCUGUGGCAGGGGGGCUACAAGGAGACCACAGCCUUGUGAUUGAGGGCCUGUCAGGGUCCAUCUCCCUCCCCUUCAAUCUGCGAGCCAACCGACCACCCCUGGAGGUGCUGAAGAAGAUUUUUCCAUCCCACAAGCCCCCUGUGUUGGACUUGAUUCUCCGGGGAUGCGGAGGAGACCUGGUGGGGGCCAUUGAGGUGCUUCUGUCCAGUCGGUCCCAAGAGGUCAGGGGUGGUCACCACCCCCACAGCCAGGACCCCCACCCAGAGACUCUGGUCCUACCCACGAACGGCCACCUGCUGGACCCUCCUGGGCUACCCCUGGGCUCAUACCACCCACUGGCCUCCUCUGCCAAGUGGUCAGUGGGCUCCGCCUUCAGGGUGCCUGAGUCUCUGCGCUUCUCGUCAGACUCCUCAUCUGGCUCCCUGGCUAUGCACCCGGGCCCCUUCCCCCAACCGCCCCGUUACCCCCUGAUGCUGAGGAACUCUCUGACCCGCGGCGCCCAGGCCGGCCCGUUCUGCAACGACGUGACGCUGUGGAACACCAUGACACUUCAGCAGCAGUACCAGCUCAGAUCAGCCCAGUACGUUUCUCCCUUCACCUCCACCUCUGCUGGGGUCUUCCAACGCUCUCCUCUCCUCUCUUCCUCCCCCUCUCCGCUCCUCUCCUCUGCCUCCUCUCCUCUCCUCUCUUCCUCCUCUCCGCUCCUCUCCUCCUCUUCCCGCUCUCAAGAGGAGCACCGGCUGGCCCAGCUGGAGGAGGGCUGCCACCAUGGGGCCAAACAGACUCUAUUCGCUCCUGACGAGGACUACGAGGACCGCUCCGACUCGUCCGACUCACGAAUCCUCAACUCCUCCACCUAAACCAAUGAAACAAUGAACAGAUUAACCAAAAUGAAUCAUGUGAACCAAUGAACCAUCUGAACAGACAGAAGUUGUAUGAUGGCAUAUCUCUACAGCUAAAUCAACCAACCAGUGGAAGCACCAAAAAUGUAAUGUGAAUGGAUGUAGAAUAUGAAUCCAAACGGGUAUGGAGAUGGGUGAUUGUGGAACUUUAAACAUUGUUGCGCUGCCAUCUGGAAAUGUAUCUCAAUGUUAGGAUGCCACAUUAUAUAGAUACAAGUAAUUUAACUGAAUGUUAAGCUCUAACAUUAUCUUUGCACAGUGAAUGUAACUAAUUGUUAUUAUCUAUAUAAAGGUUAUGUAGCUGAAUGUUAGGCUCUAACAUUAUCUAUUUACAGGUAAUGUAGUUGAAUGUCUAACUAACAUUUUCUAUAUACAGGUAAUGUAACUGAAUUCUAUAUAUACACAGCUAUAUGUACACAGGUAAUGUAGCUGGAUGUUAUUAUCUAUAUAUACAGGUUUUGAGUGAGGAACA